AACAACAAUGCGUUUUGUUGCAAAGGUUUGUUGUGUUAUUGUUUAUUCAGGAGACCGCUGGAAAUUUACCUCUGAUAAAAAUAAUCAAAAAAAUUCUAUUACUGAAGUUUUUAGUGAUCUCUCAGGAAGUGAUAAUGAGUGCAUUGAUAUUAGACAAUGGGGCUUAUAUGGCGAAAAUUGGCUAUUCUCGUGAAGCUAAUCCCAAAUUCAUUCCCAAUUGCAUAAUGAAAGCCAAGUCUGAACGCCGAAGACCCUUUAUUGGGGAUCAAAUUGAGGAAUGUCGCGAUGUAUCUGGACUCUAUUACAUCCUCUGUUUCCAGCGAGGAUAUCUCGUGAAUUGGGACAUUCAAAAGACUGUCUGGGAUUAUAUGUUUAGCUCUGAAUGUUGCGGAGUCAAUUAUACAGAAAAUCCCCUUAUUAUCACUGAGCCGCUUUUCAAUUUUCAUUCAAUUCAAGAGGCAAUGUCGGAAAUAUUCUUCGAGGAAUAUGAAUUUGAGAGGAUGUUCAGGACAACAGCUCCAGACAUGUGUGCUUUUAAUUAUUUGUCUGUUGGCAAAAAGAUAGUUAAACCUUUGGCAUGUCUCAUUAUUGAUAUGGGCUACAGCUUCACACAUAUAGUUCCCUAUAUCAAGGGACGGAAGCUGAAAUCUGCUAUCCGGAGGAUAGAUGUCGGAGGAAAAGUGCUAACAAAUCAUCUCAAGGAGAUUCUCUCGUAUCGACAGCUCAAUGUAAUGGACGAGUCUUAUGUGAUAAAUCAGGUAAAGGAGGAUUCAUGCUUUGUCUCUCAAAAUUUUACCGAAGACAUGAAAGUCGCCAGGAAGCGACAUCCGGACAAUUCUAUUAUUCGUGAAUACAUUUUGCCAGAUUUUACCACAAUUCGCAGAGGAUAUUUGCGAGAAAUGACUCAUGAGGAAGUUGAUCAUCAAACUCUCGUACUCAAUAAUGAGAGAUUUUCCAUUCCGGAACUUCUCUUCCAUCCUUCUGAUAUUGGGAUUCAGCAGAUGGGUGUACCAGAAGCUGUCAUGGACGCCUUGACAGUUUGUCCACCUGAGACACUCGAACAUCUUCUGGGUAAUAUUGUCGUUUGUGGUGGAUCAGCUCAAUAUCCUGGAAUGGAAACGAGAUUGCAACGAGAAAUUCGAGCUCUGGCUCCUGAAGAAUACAGGGUCAAUGUCAAAAUUGCUGACAAGGCUGCUUCGUAUGCAUGGCAUGGAGGGAAGAAAUUCAGCCAAGAGUCAGAUUUUGCAAAAGCAUGUGUUACUCGAGAGGAAUUUGAGGAAGAAGGGAAUCGCAUCAUAAUUGACAAGUUCGAUAUUUAAUUUUGAUUUAUUUGAAAAAAGAAUUCCAUGGGAUCUUUCAAAAAAAGUUCCCUCAAACACUUUCUUUAUAAAAAUCUACUUGAGAUGAACUCUAUGUUAAAUCUAUGAACAAUUUGAUGAAAAAAAUUAUGCAUAACUCAGACUCCGAAAAAGGACGGAUUUAAGUCGCAUAUUUUAACAAUUCCCUGUGAGACGUGGGGUAUAAUCAGGCAAGGCUAAUGUGCUGCUCACAGGCCAUUUAGCCCAGCUCUCUGUCGUCUGGAAGAGCGAGAUUGCAGAGACGCUCUCCGUGACGAAUAAUCACCAUGAUGAUCAGGGCGAUAAACAUAGCAUGCCUACUUCUGGGUACAAAAUGAUGAAUCCCAUCUUUGGUUUUUAAAUCGCUCCUUGUAAAUUACAAGGGGCCAACUCACUUUUUGGCGAUUUUGAGGUUUUAAUGCACUCAGACAGAGAAUUUAAUAAAAUUUCAGAUGAUAUGAGUCAAUAAAUUUCGUUAUUAGAAAA